AUGCCGUCGCGGGCUGCGCAUAAACCGUCGGUCCAACCACCCGCGAGUUUGGCCGGUAUCCAGCCUGGCACAAGCCCUAUACCCGUGCCUAUAGUUGGUGGCCGCUCCCCGAACCGCGCGCGACAUGCCGACCAAAGGGUGACCGGCGCCCCGUUCUCGCCGCCGUCGGGCUCGUCGUAUCAUCGCGGACACUCGCGUUCUAUCAGCCAACCUUUUGCAUCGGCCUUUUCUGGAGUUGGCAAGCGCCGGAACAAAUCAAUAUCAGCGGAAGCGAAUCUCGACACCGACGAUGACGAUGACGACGACGAUAUCUAUGUCCCCAAUCCGAAUCUCAUCUCCACGAGCCCUCGCAAGGGCCUGCCACGAGUACCCCUGAAGGAAGAGUUGACGACUGGGAGGUGUAUGACCUGCAAUAAUACCGUGCGAUGGCCACGGAGUUUAAAGGUCUUCCGCUGUACGGAAUGCCUUACGGUGAACGACCUGGAGCCGUACCGAGAUAUGAAAGAUCCCGUCAACUCAGGGCGCUCGAAAAGGGACGCGAAGCCCACCCAGCAGGCGAUUCCCAGGAAAGCGAUUCCAUUCACUAUUGAGCGAACCAAGAUCAUCAUUGAUCGAUGUAUCUCCGCCCAUUUACAACAAUACCUAGGAGCCCCGCCAGUGCCCCCGAAGGAUGGGCCGGGUGCUUCCCCACAGACUUCCGUCAAGUGGCCUGACAAAUUGCCUGUGCCUGAUCGCCCGAGCGCGCCGCGGGGUCGCAGUAUGUCUUCCUCAGACACGCGCGAGAGAGCCGGCGGUGACAAUGCUAGCUUUGGAAGUUCCAGCUGCCCAAGGACACCUUUUGUCCCGGUUCCGCCGCCUAAGGACACUCUGAGUGCGCCCAAAUCUGUUGAACCUCGGGCAAAAAGUCGACCUCGUGACACCGCAAAGAAGGAUAGAUCUCCCUACAUAUUCCGAGAGCUUGAGGACUACUUAAUAUCUGGACUCAAGGGCUGUGACACUCUAAAUGUGUCUUUCAAUUCAUCCCAACAUGUUCCCAGAUUUACGCCAAGUAACCACCGUCCUGAACGUGGCGCGGAGCAAAAUCCUAGGCCUGCGCAGGUGGAUACGGCUGUUGAACUUGAUGCGAAGACACUCUUAGUGGGAGACUUAGCUGAGAAUUCUUCUUGGUGGAUGGUCGACGAAGAUGCUCCCGGUGUGCCCAACCAUAGUCAACACAAGCACAAGACCACGAAAGUAGUCAGUUCUAGGAGCCCACGGAUCAACUGGAUUGAUGUCGAUAAGUGGUAUCAACUCAUUCUAACUGCGGGGACGACCUGGGUCGAGAAGUGGUCAGUCAUGAAAGUUCCUGAAGAAAAGGAUCCUGCGAGAUCAGAAGCAUGGCUCAUGGCAGACCUCAGUGCAAUCGAAAGGGAGUUUACAGACUCGCGUGUACACCUGCACAGGACGCUUUUGAAAGCCACGGAGAGCUUGCUCAAGCGACCCCGGAGACCUUUGAAGAAGCCGGAUGAUAUCAGGUUUCUUCUAAUACUUUUCUAUAACCCACUAAUACAUCCGCCUAGCCCGGCACUGUCAAACCUUACCGUCGUGGACGGCGAGCAGAGGCCAUCGCGCUCUGCGGAAAGCAAAGGGCGGACGACUGGCAGCAAAUCGCAUGCCGUAAAAGGCCAAAACGGAGGGCCUGGCCAGCAUCCCGGCAUCGUCAAACGUAUACUGGGCUUGCUGUCGGACCUACCGAGCGAUUGCCAUCACUAUCUGGUCUCCUGGUUUUCACGUUUCUCGGCAGGGCAAUUUGAGAAGAUCGUUGAGCUUGUGGGCAGGUUCGUGACAUAUCGCCUAUCACGACAGCAUGCACGGAGGAAAAGUGAAUCGGCAAAUGACGACAACUAUCUGAUACCUAGUUUAUCAAGCGCUGCUAUGAACACACCGGCAGAGUUACAUGCGGCCAUCAAUGGGAUCAAUGAGAACAAGCAGGCAAAGAAGAAAGCUGAUGCGCCGAUAACAUACAGUGAUGAUUGGCAGAUCCGUGCUGCAGGUCGAGUUAUGGCGCUACUGUUUACCGCAAAUAAUGCGGAUGUCGCUCGCAAGUCAGCAGUACCCUCGAGCCAAGAACCAACUUCCACAUCCAGACAGCAAGAAGACCAUCGUGGACACAUCAUCCCAAUCAGUUCCUUCUAUAGCACGAGGCUCGAUUAUUCAAACCUUGUGGUCGCUGACUUUGAGGCCUGGGAGUCGAGGACGACGAAAUUCUCGUUCUGCCAGUAUCCAUUCUUUCUCAGUAUCGGAGCCAAGAUUCAAAUCUUGGAGCACGAUGCGCGUCGCCAGAUGGAGGUCAAAGCUCGUGAAGCCUUUUUCAGCAGCAUCCUGACGCGAAAGGCCGUGAGCCAGUAUUUUGUGCUGAGAGUACGCCGUGAGUGCUUGGUAGAAGACAGCCUGCAGCGUGUCAGUGAAGUCCUGGGAUCCAGCCCUGAGGAAAUGAAGAAGGGGCUACGGAUUGGAUUUGUUGGUGAAGAGGGUGUGGACGCAGGUGGUCUGCGGAAGGAGUGGUUCCUCCUCCUUGUGCGGGAGGUCUUUGAUCCCCAUCACGGACUUUUUCUCUACGACGAGGACUCUCAGUACUGCUAUUUCAAUCCAUACUGUUUAGAGUCGUCGGAGCAAUUCUUUUUGGUCGGCGUUGUGCUAGGGCUGGCCAUCUAUAACUCGAUUAUUCUUGAUAUUGCCCUCCCGCCGUUCGCUUUCAAGAAGUUGCUGGCCGGGGCACCGCAAACAACCGGACCUCAACCGUUGACUACGCGCCCUACAUAUAAAUGCAGUAUAGAUGAUCUGGCGGAGUAUCGGCCUCUUCUGGCUAGAGGCCUGCAGAGACUUUUGGAGUUUGAGGGCGAUGUUGCCGAGACCUUUUGCCAGAGCUUUGUUGCCGACGUCGAACGGUAUGGCGAGGUUGUCUCGGUCCCUCUUUGUCCUGGUGGAGAGAAGAAGCCGGUCACGAAUGCGAAUCGUCGAGAGUUUGUCGAUCUCUACGUUCACUACCAUCUCGACACCGCGGUAACGCGGCAAUUUGAGCCAUUCCGGCGCGGAUUUUUCAGUGUCUGUGGCGGCAAUGCGCUGUCCUUAUUCCGCCCUGAGGAGAUUGAACUCCUGGUGCGCGGCUCAGACGAGCCGCUAGACGUGAGGUCGCUGCGGGCAGUUGCAACAUACUUGAAUUGGGGAACACCGAAGCCGGAAUCGGUACCUGUGGUGCAGUGGUUUUGGGAGUACUUUGAGCGCGCAAGUCCCGAGGCUCAGCGCAAACUUCUCUCCUUCGUCACGAGCAGCGACCGCAUUCCAGCAAUGGGGGCGACGAGCCUCAACAUCCAACUGAUGUGUCUCGGCGACGACUCGCCGCGGUUUCCGACGGCGCAUACAUGCUUCAACCGGCUGGGAUUAUACCGGUAUGCGACGCGGGAGAAACUCGAGCGGUUGCUCUCGGAGGCAGUGCUGAACAGUGAAGGAUUUGGGCUGAAGUAG